GGGGGAGGAGUAAGUUGUCUCGCGACGGUCGUUUCGCUGGCACCACCACGAUCUCUCGCCACCAGCACAUGUGGAAGUCAACGUCCUCCAUUGUGGGCAAGACCAGCGGCUUGGAUGACCUGCCCAUGGUCCUGCAACAAGAGAUCAAUGAUUUCCUUCACUUUGCGCAAAAUCGAAAACAGCAGAAGCUCGUGCCACGCAUUAACAAGGUGGACUUUACAAAGCCAAUGCCAGACUCGGAGUUCAGCCUCUGUCUUCAACUUCAGCUUUACAGCAAGGAUUUCGUCGAUGGCUGGCCUCUUUCGUCGAUGACGUCCAUAGCGUCCAUGUCCCUUACAUCGAUCUCCCUCGAGCGCGAUCGCGGCAAAUUUACUCUUGUUGUGCGCAUCCCAAAGGCGUACCCACAGGCAUCGCCCGACAUAUCGUGCGUCAUGGGGGGCGAAUACGUUCCCCCACAACUCAAACGCGGGCCAGCGUUCGUCAUGCCUUGGAUUCAGCAGGGCUGGCCAUCCACGUAUUCCCUGCUUCAGUUUGCAGAAGACUUGUGCACAGCACUUGGAGCGCCCGAGGACAUUGCCACAGCCAGCUUCCUUGCGCCGGACCCAAAAGUAUUUCCCCUCAACACGCAUCACUAUGGUGCUAGCCCUACGUCGCAGCCCUCGACCGACCUGCCAAAGCCAUCGGUUGAACACACUGUGGACUUGCUGAUGAUGGGCAAUGAUUAUCAUGCUGAAAGGCAGGUAAAACAGUUGUCCUUUCAAGGUUCGGCAAAGUUGGCAACUACCAACAUUGGUUCCCCAAAUCCAUUCGAUUCCAGUCCGCAUACGUCGGUGCCGAAAGCAAACGCGCAGAUGUUGAACCCAGAUUCUUCUGGGAAACGGGGCAGUGUGUCCCCUCAGUCCACGCACGAUCUACUGGGCAUGCAUCAACCAACUACUCCAAGCCAUUCGAAUGGUCGAAGCGCGACGAAUGACUUACUUGGCUUUGACAUGGCGCUGACGUCCUCAUCGCAUCUGCCACCCCCCGUCGUGCUGCGAAGCAACGGCCACAGCACAGGAACCCUCGCGAUUCAAACGAGAAACGGGGGCAACACAAGCCCCCAAGGCGGAGGCAAUGUGCAGUCGCCCCGGGGAUUGGAAUUGCGCUACCAGAGCAACGAAUGCUGCAUCAAGUGCAAGUUCAAGGACGAAGCGCGGCGGUUCGUGUUUGACAAGUCCAUGAGUUUCCAGCAACUGCAAGACGCGAUCAUGCGGUUGUUUCAAUUCCCGCCCACCACCGUCGUCACGCUGGCGUACUUGGACAGCGACGGCGACAAGUGCGGAUUGUCGUCCGACGAGGAACUGCGAGCGGCCUUGUCGCACUUUCCAGACACGUUGAUUCUGCAUGCAGACAUCAAGCAAGGCGAACCACCCAAAAAGCCAGAGCCGCCCGUGGUGCCAGCGCCUAUGAGGGGUCCGAGUGGGGCCAAAACAGAAGACACGAGUUUACGAGAAAUCAAAAUCGAGGAUGUAAAGCUCGAAAAGUGUAUUGGCGUGGGCUCCAGCUGCAAAGUGUACAAAGCAAUCUGGAGAGGCACCGAAGUGGCGAUUAAAAAGUUCACGUCCCAGAACGCCGACACGGUCAACAAAGAGUUCAAACACGAAGUGCACAUGAUGACGCACCUGGGGUGCCACCCGUGCAUCGUCCUGCUCUUGGCCGUGUGCUCCACCCCCAAGAGCAUCGUGUUUGAAUACCUGCCCUUCUCCCUCUUCGAGCAAAUCAACGGCUCCCAGGACCCGUCCAAGAAGAUUCCGCCGUUCCCCAACACGUGGCAAAAGCGGCUGCAAAUGAUUAUGGAUGUCGCGCGGGGGCUGCAGUUUCUGCAUUCGUUCAACAUUGUCCACCGUGACCUCAAAUCACUAAACUUGCUCAUCACAGACGAAGGCCGAGUGAAACUUGCUGAUUUUGGCAUUGCCAAGCUCGCACAAGAUGAGUUUAUGACGCGGUGUUGCGGCACCUAUCAGUGGAUGGCGCCGGAGGUGAUAGUGAGUCAGUCGUAUUCUGUGAGCGCCGAUAUUUACAGCUUUGGCGUGGUGAUGUGGGAGAUCUGCGAAGCGUCGGUGCCGUUUGCCGACACCCCCGCCGCGCUGGUGGCCAUGGCGGUGAUUCAGGAAAAUAAACGACCGGCGAUCUCGCCCAACAUUCCCACACCGCUCAAGGAGCUUAUCUGCAAGUGUUGGGACAAGGAGGCCACCGUGCGCCCUGAUGCGGCCACGAUUGUGAACGACCUGACCAAGUUCCUCCAAGCUAGUCAAACCCCAACGUAGUACACACGAUGGGGCUCAACUGGGCGUUCUGAAGCCAACGGCAUGUCACGGGAUGGGUUGUUGGAAUGGGUAGUAAAAAUAUAACACAAUUUCUUUCCGCUGCUUGAACGGCUUGGGGGAAUGCAAUAGAGGAG